AUGGACGGCGGGGCCGCGACGGGGCCCGCGCUGCUGCUGCUGGCGCUGGCGGCGGCGGGGGAGGCGGCGGCGGUGUUGCGGGACGGCGGCUACGAGGGGCUGCUGGCCGCCGUGCACCCCCGGCUGCCGGAGGACGGUCGGCUCCUCGCCCGCCUGCAGGACAUGAUCACUGAGGCUUCUUCCUAUUUGUUCAAUGCUACAAAAGGAAGGGUCUAUUUCAGGAGCGUGAAGAUUCUGAUACCUCCGACGUGGAAAGACAAGAGUUAUGAGAAACCAAAACAUGAGACCUACGAAACAGCAGAUGUCAUAGUGGCAGAUCCUUAUUGGAAAUACGGUGAUGAUCCAUACACCCUACAACAUGAAGCAUGUGGAAAAAUGGGAAAAUAUAUUCAUUUCACACCUAACUUCAUAGUAAAUGAUUAUUUGACAGACAUCUAUGGUUCACGGGGCAGAGCCUUUGUGCAUGAGUGGGCCCACCUUCGAUGGGGGGUGUUUGAUGAGUAUGACAGUGACAGACCUUUCUAUGUCACCGGGAAGAAUCAGGUUAAAGUUACAAGGUGUUCCUCUGAUCUUACUGGCAUCUAUGUCUGUGAAAAAGACUCCUGCACUGACGGUAGUUGUGUCAUUAAUAAGCUAUCAGGGCUUUUUAAGGAAGGAUGUGCAUUUAUUCCUGAUAGAAAUCAAACUGCAGUAUCAUCAAUAAUGUAUAUGCAAAGUUUAUCAUCUGUGGCUGAAUUCUGUAAUGAGCAUAACCAUAACAGAGAAGCACCCAAUCUUCAGAAUCGAAUGUGUGACUACAGAAGCACAUGGGAAGUAAUUAAAAACUCCACAGAUUUUGAAAAUAAUCCUCCAUUAACCAACAGCAGCCUUAUUACUCCUCCCUCCUUCUCAUUGCUGCAGAAGAGAGACAGAGUCAUCUGUUUAGUUCUUGAUGUUUCCAAGACUAUAGCUGGGGCUAGCUGGAUCAAUAGAUUGCAUCAAGCAGCAGAACUGUAUUUACUGCAAAUUGUGGAAGAAUACUCUUAUGUUGGUAUUGUCACGUUCAGUGACAGAGGAGAGAUCAAAACUCAUGUGCUCCAGAUAGUGAGCGAUGAUGCACGGAAACAGCUUGCUUCGUAUCUACCUACAGCUCCAGGGAGGGACAGAGCAAAUGUCUGUGCAGGCCUGCAGCUGGCGCAUGAGGUCAUUAGGAAGAAAGAAGGAAAUCUGUAUGGAUCUGAAAUUAUAUUGGUAACAGGUGGACAAGACAAUAGUACGAGCAGGUGUUUUUCUGAAAUGAUUAACAGUGGAUCGAUCAUCCAUACCAUUACUGUUGGGUCCUCAGCUGCUAAGGAAAUAGAACACUUCUCCAAAGAGACAGGAGGGCUGAAGUAUUUUGUUCCUGAAAGACUGGACUUCAGUGACUUACUGGAUGUUUUCACUGGCAUUUUGUCCGGAAGUGGAGAUACUUUCAAUCAAUCUGUUCAGAUCAAAAGUGCUAGUGAAAGUAUUGGAGGGUACAAGCAACUCAGGAGAGCAGUGACUAUUGAUAGCACCGUGGGAAGAGAAACCUUCUUUGUAGCCACCUGGCAAGCUGCUGAACCACCUGAGAUCAAUCUGGUUGAUCCCAAUGGGAAAAGCUAUACCAGCAAGGACUUUGUCUUUGAUUCAGUUUUCCAUGUAGCGCGUCUCCAGAUUCCAGGAACUGCAGAGACAGGGGAGUGGACAUGCACACUGACAAAUGUUCACCUGGCUCCUCAAGUUCUAACCAUGACAGUAACUUCUCGAGCAGCAAAUUCUACUAUACCUCCUGUGGCUGUGAAAACCCAUAUGAGUAAAGAUAUAAAUUACUAUCCCAGUGCAAUGGUUGUCUACGUACAUGUUAGUCAUGGCUUUUCCCCUGUUCUUGGAGCAAACGUGACUGCUGUCAUCAGUCCAGAGAAUGGAGAUCCCAUUUUCUUGGAACUUCUGGACAAUGGAGCAGGUUCUGACAUUGUUAAGAAUGAUGGCAUAUAUUCCAAGUACUUGUUUUCUUUCCCUGGCAACGGCAGAUACAGCCUGAAAGCUCAUGUCCAAGCUAACAGGACUAUUGUGCCACAAACUGCAAUGCUGUGGAGUCAUGCCAUGUAUAUACCAGGUUACGUAGAAAAUGGUAAACUCAAGAUGAACCCAUCAAGACCCCCAGUUAUUAAAAGUGAUAUUCAGUUCAGAAGAGGAGGUUUCUGUAGAACAGCUGUGGGAGGAUCCUUCAUAAUAUCUGCAGUUCCAAUGGGACCUCAUGCUGAUGUGUUUCCGCCAUGUAAAAUUAUUGACCUUGUGGCUAGAAUAGAAGAUGAUAAAGUCAUUCUAUCAUGGACCGCACCAGGAAAUGAUUUUGACAAAGGCCGAGCUGCAAGUUAUGAAAUCAGAAUAAGUGAGAGUCCUCUGGAACUAAGGGACAGCUUCUAUAACACCGCUUUAGUGAAUACUUCUACUCUGUCACCUCAGCAUGCUGGCUGCAAAGAAAUAUUUGCAUUUAAACCAGAAGCUUUUACAACAGGAAACGUAACCAUAACUUAUGUUGCAAUGCGUGCCAUUGAUGACGUUUUUCUUCACUCUGAGCUGUCUAAUAUUGCGCAAGCAGUAAAGUUUGUUCCCCCAAUGGUGUAUCCCACUUCUAAUAUAGAGUUCAGUUUUUCAACAAUAUUGUUACUAGUCUUUGGAUUACUAACAGUAGUGUGUCUUACAGGAAGCACAACCCUUUGUUUAGUAAAGAAAAAGAAGAAAAAGACACUUUCAGAAAAUGCAGCUAAGUUGCUUUAACAUAAAGUGUCAGAGCUUGUUAGAGCUCCAGGUAUUUAA